UGCGCAUGUGCAGCAGAGGCAGCGGCCGGAGCGGAGGGUGUGGACGCGGCGCUGAGAGUCGGGCCGGAGCCGGAGCCGGAGCCGAGCCGGAGCCGAGCGGGAUUGGCUGGGACGAGAGAUUGGGAUGGAUGACAUCUUCACCCAGUGUCGGGAAGGCAACGCGGUUGCUGUCCGUCUGUGGCUGGACAACACAGAGAAUGACCUGAAUCAGGGGGAUGACCAUGGAUUCAGCCCCCUACACUGGGCGUGUCGUGAAGGCCGAUCCAACGUCGUUGACAUGUUGAUCAUGCGAGGAGCUCGUAUCAAUGUAAUGAACAGGGGCGAUGACACCCCCUUGCACCUAGCUGCCAGUCACGGCCACCGUGAUAUCGUUCAGAAGCUGAUCCAGUGUAAAGCAGAUGUGUGUGCCGUGAAUGAACACGGGAACACACCAUUGCACUAUGCCUGCUUCUGGGGCCAUGACGAAGUGGCAGAGGACCUGGUGAGCAAUGGGGCUCUCGUCAGCAUCUGCAGUAAGUAUGGAGAGACGCCCCUGGACAAGGGGAAGGCACAUCUGCGUGAGCUGCUGAAGGAACGUGCAGAAAAGCUAGGCCAGAGUCUAACUAAAGUUCCCUAUAAGGACACCUUUUGGAAAGGGACAACUCGUACUCGACCAAGAAAUGGAACACUGAACAAACAUGCUGGCAUUGACUACAAACAGCUCACCCUGAAUCAUAAACUCAACGAGAACCACUCAGGGGAGCUCUGGAAGGGCCGCUGGCAAGGUAAUGACAUUGUGGUCAAGGUGUUGAAGGUGCGAGAUUGGACCACACGCAAGAGCAGGGACUUCAACGAGGAAAACCCCAAACUCAGAAUAUUCUCCCAUCCUAAUGUGCUGCCGGUGCUGGGCGCCUGUCAGUCGCCUCCUGCUCCCCACCCCAUUAUCAUCACACACUGGAUGCCUUACGGAUCUCUCUACAACGUUCUGCAUGAGGGAACAAAUUUUGUGGUGGAUCAGAGCCAGGCGGUGAAGUUUGCCCUGGACAUUGCCCGCGGCCUGGCCUUCCUGCACACUCUCGAGCCCCUUAUACCACGGCAGUAUGUCAAUAGCAAGAGCAUCAUGAUCGACGAGGAUAUGACUGCCAGGAUCAGCAUGGCCGAUGUCAAGUUCUCCUUUCAGUGUCCUGGCCGGAUGUACGCUCCUGCGUGGGUUGCUCCAGAAGCCCUUCAGAAGAAGCCAGAUGAGAUUAACCGGAGGUCGGCAGACAUGUGGAGCUUUGCCAUUCUCCUGUGGGAGCUGGUCACCCGUGAGGUGCCCUUCGCUGAUCUCUCCAACAUGGAGAUUGGGAUGAAGGUGGCACUGGAAGGGCUGCGGCCCACCAUUCCGCCGGGGAUCUCCCCCCAUGUCUGCAAGCUGAUGAAGAUCUGUAUGAACGAGGACCCGGCCAAGAGACCCAAGUUUGACAUGAUUGUACCCAUCAUGGAGAAGAUGCAGGAGAAGUAGUGAAGGGAUGCCAUCAAGGAAGCCCCCCCCCCCCUUUCUAUUCCCCUCCUCCUUACGGCCCCAGAACCCUUAUGCUGCCCCUGUGGCUGCCCCAUCAGGCUCUGUGUUUACCGAGGGGGUGUUGCCCGCUUCCCAUCACUGCAGCUGACUUCCCCCACCCUAGGGCUGUCACGUCACCUCCCACGGAGAGCAGUCCACUCUGAAUGUCAGCAGCCCAGCCGUCAGAUUCAUCGGCCUGGUCACUGUGAGUCUCACUGACCCCUGGGGGGCUUCAGCCAAGGCUCCUGCUCCCCAUCUUGGUCCAGUGACCCCUUCCCUGGGUCACAGCGAGUGGAAUUGGUGGAGAAUCAGCCAAGUGUCCUAUUCCACUGGCCCAGUAGACCAGAGCAUGGUUGCCUUACUCCAUUGCCUCACUGCUGGUGGUGGCACAGAUAUGCCCUCGGUGCCCUUCCUUGCAAUGAUCAACCCCUUCAGCAGGAGUCAGAGAGGGCAGCUCGUUGCCAUCAGGGGCUCGUGUCACUGGCAGUGUACCCAGAGCCUUCCCUACAUCUGAUGCCAUUCUUUGGCAAUAUAUCCAGUGGCUCCCCAAAUCCACACCUAGUACCAUUUACCUGCAGUGCACUUAGUGCCUCCCCAACCUCACAGCCAGUGCUAUUCACUGUAGUGUUUCCAGUGUCUCUGGAACCCACAUUCAGUGCUAAUCACUGGCAAAGUAUCCAGUGCCUACCUCUGCCCCUUCAUUCAGUGCCUACCUUUGUCCCCGCAUCCAGUGCAAUUCACUGGCAGUGUAAUUCAGUGCCUACCAUUGGCUCCAUAUUGGUGCUAUUCACUGGCAGCGUUUCCAGUAUCCCCCCCGACCCACACCCAGUGCUAUUCAGUGGCAGUGUUUCCAGUGCCUCCCCAGACCCACACCCAGUGCUAUUCAGUGGCAGUGUUUCCAGUGCCUCCCCAGACCCACACCCAGUGCUAUUCAGUGGCAGUGUUUCCAGUGCCUCCCCAGACCCACACCCAGUGCUAUUCAGUGGCAGUGUUUCCAGUGCCUCCCCAGACCCACACCCAGUGCUAUUCAGUGGCAGUGUUUCCAGUGCCUCCCCAGACCCACACCCAGUGCUAUUCAGUGGCAGUUUGUCCAGUGCCUCACAAAGCUACACCUAAUGCUAUUCACUGCAGUGUAUCCCAUGCCACUCUCUGGCAGUGUAAUUCAGUGCCUACUGCAGGCCCCACAUUUGGCUGGUGCCCAUCACCACUGGGUGCCUGUCAGUGUUUUGUGGGGGGGUAUUUGGCUUUUUUGCCCACUCCAAGUUCCUAGCAUUCUCCCGACCUGACCCUAGAGUUCCAGGGGCGAAGGUCAUUCUCCUGAUCUGGCCCCAACCCCAAAGUUCCAGGAGAGAAGUUUGGUGUCCCAGGUGAAGGGCCGACUCUCUCCAUUGGAUGGGGCCAGACUGUUGCCCCUCCCACUGAUGAUCACUGUGGUGUUUGUCCCCACAGCCCCUGUGCCUUGAGUGGGAUCUGGAGACCUCAUGCCUAUAUCCCUGUCCCUUGCUCUGACUUCUCUUACCCGUUGUUCUGAACUCACCGCUGUCCUCAAAUGGAGCUUGCUGAUCAUUUAUCUAAUUUAUAAACCACUUUUAUUUCCAAUUUCUUAUUGUAUCACUGCUGUUUUAUCAAAAAUAUAACGCGAUUUUGCAUUAAAGAGGAUAGAUUUCCAGA